UGUUCUUGGUCACAUUUGCUCUAGUUUUUGCUUGUCAGAGUUUCCAAACAUCCUAAGAAGUUAUUUGCCACUAUGAUUCCUGGAGGCUUUACCGAGACCAAGCCCGCGACUCCAGAAGUCCAAAAGAUUGCUGACCAGGUGAAGCCACAGCUGGAAGAGAAAGACAAGAAGCCAUAUCCAGUCUUUGUAGCCAUAACGUAUAAAAGUCAGGUGGUUGCUGGAACAAACUACUUAAUUAAGGUCUCUGUCAGCAACAGCAAUGAUGAGUGUGUACAUUUGAGGGUGUUCCAAAGCCUUCCUCAUGAGAACGAGGGGCCCAGUCUUACCAGCUAUGAGACUGGCAAAACCAAAAAUGAUCCAUUGGAGUGAUUUUGAAUGAGAUGCUUGGGAGGGCUCUUCUGUUGCUCUUUCUGCGGACUCCCAACUGAUACCGCCUGUGCCAAUACAUGAAUGAAAAUAAAAUGAAUCUGAUUUUGAAAACUAA